CGCCUUCCUUAUCCCCCGCGGCGCAAAGCAAAACCCUCCUCUCAGCCCAACCCGCUGCAGCUUUUCGAAUUAUGGCAGCCGCCGCCGCGGCGGCCGGAGCUGCGUCGGCCGCCGUCGCUGCUAACCACGACCCCAUGAACGCGCUCCGCGCUGCCGCCCUCCGUCGCUCCGCGCCGCACUGGUCCGCCGCCGCCGCGUCCUUCUUCUCCCCGCCCUUCCGCCCCCGCCGCUGCCGCAUUCGCCGCGCGCCCGCUCCAGCUCCCGCCGCGGCCGCCCGUACCCCGAGGUCCCGCGCGAGUGCCAAGGCCCGGGCGAAGCUCCUGGCGGAGGCCGAGCCCCGGGACCCCUGGCUCGCCUCCCUCUCGCUGCUACCGACCGAUGACACCGCCGGUGCGGACGCCGCCCCCAAUGGGUGGGCGAUUGGCGUGGAUCCUGACACCGGCGGUGCCAUCGCCGUCCUCUCGCCGGACGGCUCCUCUCAGGUGUUCGACAACCCGUUCGUGCACAUUGUGGUGUCAGAGGUCAUCCGGAAGCGUCUUGACACGAAGUCCAUCAUCCAGCUGCUUCGAAGGCUUGAUGCACCUCCUGGAACUACGGCAUACAUUGAGAAGUCUAGUCCAUUUCCAACUGAUGGAAAGCUGGGAUGGUGGAGUACAGGCUUUUCAUAUGGCUUGUGGAUUGCUUCUCUAGUGGCUUCUGGGUUUUCAGUUGUUCCGGUUGCAUCGCAGACAUGGAAGGCUUAUUUUGGGCUAUCUCGAAGUGAGUCUCCAAAGGAUGAUAGCAGACAAGCUGCAUCCAUUUUGUUCCCUGACAAAACUCUAUCCCUGAAGUUGAAAAAACAUCAUGGGAGAGCAGAGGCUCUUCUGUUAGCAGCCUAUGGGAAAGGCCUUGUGCUACCAUCAGGGAAGUUCAGCAAAACCCCAACUUGACAUUGAUGGUGAUUGCUGAUUGACUGGCCAUUUCUCAUACUGAUGGAACUGCAAAUAAUUUGGUUGGCGCAGGAGGUUCCAUCAAGUAUAUAACUUAUUGAGUGCACUGUAUGCCUGCAGAACUGCAACAGAGAUUGUAGCUGACACAUUCAACUUUUGUGUGAUGCAUUAGAUACUUCCCAUUGUAUUUUGAUUGUAACAGGCUAGCUUAGAUGAGACAUGAUUUUUUGUUGUUGACAUGUAACAAUCCCAAGUUGAAAGGAACCUGCUCUUAUUUGCUGAGAC